CCGGGGCUGCGGGGGCUGCCGGGCUCGGGGCUGCGCCGCCCGCUAAUGAAACACAGCACGCCCCAAACGUGAACUCUCCUUCGUCCCGUGCCAGCCGCUCGCUCACGUCCCGCUUGCGAUGCCGGCUGCUCUCGGUGCAGCUGUUGUGGCAGCGCUCGGCACGGGGCGGGGGCGCCGGAACAGCGCGCUCGGCGUGUGACAGCCAGAGCCGCCGGAGCGCUCCGCCCGCUCAGGACCCUGGACUACAACCCGGAGCCUGCCGGGAGGAAGCGCAGAGACGCACCGCAGGAAGCGGGCACGGCGCCGCCGCCGUAGCGCUGCCGCGGUCCCGCACGGCCGCCCCUGAGUCACCGGAGCGGCUUGUGCGGGGCCGAGCGGCGGGGCUGGGCCGGUGCCUCCUCCGCCCUGCCCUGUCCUGCCGGCGGUGACCCCUGGGAAGGACAGCCCGGCCGGAAGAAGCGGCGAUAGCGGCGCCUGCGGAACCAGAUUCAAAGAUCACAAACUGCCCUGUAAAACAAGUUGGGAAAACAAUCCUACGUGGCAACAAUGAGGUGUUUUCACUUCUGUAAGCUUCCAGGAAGAGUUAUGGGAAUCCGCCUACUGCGCUUCACCUCUGUGGUGAUCAUCGUUUUGCUUCUUGUGGCAGGUGCUUUAACAGCUUUGCUUCCCACUAUCAAAGAUGACAAAUUGCCCAACUCAAGAAGGGAACCAAAAACCCAGACUCAGUCUGCCCUGGAUUCAUUCACUCUUAUUAUGCAGACAUACAAUAGAACUGACUUACUGCUAAAGCUUUUAAAUCAUUAUCAAGCAAUCCCCCACCUACAUAAAGUAAUUGUGGUGUGGAACAACAUUGGUGAGAAGACACCAGAGGAAAUGUGGAAUUCCUUGGGGCCUCAUCCUGUCCCUGUUGUCUUUAAAGUUCAAACUGUAAAUCGGAUGAGAAACAGACUGCAGAAUUUCCCUGACCUGGAAACAAAAGCUGUUUUAAUGAUGGAUGAUGACACACUAGUCAGUGCUCAUGACCUUGCUUUUGCCUUUUCCGUUUGGCAGCAAUUUCCAGAGCAUAUAGUGGGAUUUGUUCCUAGAAAGCACAUUUCUACUCCUUCAGGCGUCUACAGUUAUGGCAGCUUUGAGCUGCAGAACCCUGGGUUUGGCAAUGGAGAUCAGUAUUCCAUGGUGCUCAUCGGUGCAGCAUUUUUUCACAGCGGGUAUUUAGAAGACUUUCAACAGCAGCCAGAAGCAGUUUACGCCUUAAUAGAUGAAACUCAAAACUGUGAUGAUAUUGCCAUGAAUUUUCUGGUAGCCAAGCAUACUGGAAAGCCUUCAGGAGUGUUUGUGAAGCCUGUUGACAUAAGAAAUUUAGAAAAAGACACUAACAGUGGCUAUUCUGGAAUGUGGCACCGAGCAGAGCAUUUGUUACAGAGAUCCUACUGUGUAAAUAAACUUGUUAAUAUUUAUGAUGGCAUGCCCUUAAAAUAUUCUAAUAUCAUGAUUUCUCAGUUUGGUUUUCCUAAUUAUGCCAAUCACAAAAAUAAAAUGUAAGCCGAUGAAUUUAAGGUGUUAAAUGUUAAAUAAUACUCAGUGAAUUGUACUGAGUUCAAGGAGAGAAGAAGGUGUAAUUACUGCAUCUUGGCCAUCCCUCUUUGUUGCCUCUGAUUUUGUCUCCACUAAGCUUUUUAUGUAUUUUCUUUCCUUUCCAACUAAUUCACAAAGUUAAGUUUUGAGAAAACCUAAAGAAUAUAUAAUCAUGCUUAGCUGUGAUAAAAUCAUCCUCUUUCCUUAAAACCUGAAAAGCUACUCUAACAAAUUAGGUCAGUUCUUCAGAAACAUGCAGACAAAAAUACACUCCUAUCCUUCAGAUCUUAACAUUUGGAUUUUUUUUCCCUUAAAUAUACCUAUCCAGUCAAAUGAGGUCUAGGCAUAUUUGUGACAGUUAUAUUUUGAGAUGCUUCCUUGCCUUCCCACUCCUCACUUGCUCCUACCCAGUUUCCAGUGAAGCUGUAGAAGAGCUACAGUGAACUGCUGGCCAGGCUUCUGGCCUCCUGUACAAACCCUCCUGAAGUUUGUAUAUAAGCUACUCGGUGUCCUGAGAUGUUCUUGAAGCUGCUAUGAAAGCCAGAAGAGUACCUCACCUUAAUCUCAGAUAGUCCUUAAACCAUUGCCUACAAUAUCUACUCCUGCUCAGUUAAUGGAAAAUCAUCUCUGGUGUGGCUUUUUAUUCUAUUAUUGAUUUGCCUGGAGUUGCUGAAACGUUGCAAGCAGCUGAAAGGUAAAUCCUGGAGGUUGGAAAUAUAAGAAACAUGAAUACAUGAAAUACGAAAUUUAUAUAAGCAGCCAGAAGAAGAGGAUGGAAUGUUACUUACUAAUAUUCUCUUUAGUACUUAGUUUUAUUUUGAUAUUUUGCAUACAUGUUGUUACAAACAUGCACCCAGGAAAAUCCUCAAUUAGUUAAAUUUUUUUUUAUUUACAAUUCCUAGUAAGAGCAGGGUGUUCGACAUUUAUUACAGUGUACAUUUUGUAAUUGUACAGGUCUACUGGUUUUUUAGCUACUCUUUCAAGGAGUAUUUACUUUUUAGUUCCUUUUUACCUCUGUUUUUCGUGGCUAUGACAAGAGGGUUAAAAUGUACAAUAAAUGGGUAAAGCAUUAUGAAAAGAAGUAUUUUAAGGUACAGUGAUAUUUGACAGGGAUGGACUAUUAUCAGUCUCUGAAUUCCCUGACUAUUGCUAGCAAGAAACAGAGCUGCUGUUAAUGGCUUUUGUUGGAUUGGGACUCUGUAAUUCUGGAAACCUAUUGACAUAGGGCAAACAUUUUCCAAUGAAGUUGCAGAAGGGUUGGGAUUUUUUAUUUUUUUGUGUGUAUGGAGGAGAGAGUAAAAGACAGUGAUUUUCCUGGGUCACAGAAUCAGAUUUGGCAUCCAAAGCAGAUUUAGUUUCAUCUGCAUCAACUUUUAAUUGAUUCUUAGAAUCAGUUCAAAGGUAGCUGUGGGCAAUCAGUCCCAGCUAAUACCUAGUACACAAAUAGCAUCUGCACAAAUGGUAUAUAAUUCUAUCAUGUUUUGUAACAAGUUAGCUGAAAAAAGAGUGAAAAUAUGACAAGUUCUUUACAGCAGGGUGUGAGUCUCUGGGGGAAUGAAGGAAUCUUUUGCCUUGUUUAUCAGUAUUAAAGGAUUUGAUUUCUGUUCAGUGAAGUCUUCCUAGUACUUUUGUAAGAUUUAAAGGGCAGAAUCUUAACAUGGCAAUGUAAAGUCUGCUUAAUUUUGUUGUAAUAGUGAAAAGUAGUUUUUAAUUAUUGUGCUGUAGUGCUAAGUAGUAUACAAAGAGGUCUAUGAUUUUUCCAGAAAUGCAAAUUUCCAUUAUUUCUGUUCUGUGCAGUAUCAACUCGAGUUGUGAAGACUCUCAGUUGUUGUUAACCUUAUUUUUGAAAUGUGAAAUGAACUGUCAACUCAGCCAAACCGUAGUAUUGGGCUCUUGUUGGAGUGAAGGAGUUGUUUUGGUUUCUUCUGUAUCAGUGAAAGAAUUAAUAGAACAAGCUUUUAAUGAUAGUGUUCCAUUUAAUUUGCACCAUUGUAAAAUAAAAGACAGAAAGCAGACUUGUGAUGUGUUUAUUCUC